AUGUGCACCAACAUCACGUUCGGACUGCCGUUCGACGCCGACAAGUACGAGGACGCUCUGCGCGGCCUCAAUCUUAGUAGCAGCCACCGCACUCGUGUGGCCAUCGCUUGUGCGGUGUAUCAGGACGUCGGCAUUUAUCUGCUGGAAGCCGUUCUGUCUGCAGUGGACAGCCAUGUGGGCACCAACAUCUUCAAGGCGUGCUUAAAGGAGUCGCUGAAGGGCAAGCUGGUGCUGCUAGUGGCGCACUCGCUGAGCUUCGUGAGCCAUUGCGACCAGGUCGCUGUGAUUGCUGACGAAACAAUCAUCGAGCAAAGAUCGUUCAAGAAGCUGAUGAUGGUGUCGAAUAGUGAGAAUGAAGAAGACAAGGAGGACAUGACGUCAGCAGGGUGUUUAGAGAAUAACUUGGCGCUUUCGAGUGAUGAGCGAUGA